AUGGACAGGAUUUUCUCUGCUUUGCUGCCCUCUUUGCUGCUUCUCCUCCAUGGCCAUGGGGGGAGUGGGGCAUCCCCACAGCCCAGAGGCACCCUGUGCAGAACCAAACCCACUGACCUGGUGUUCAUCAUCGACAGCUCCCGGAGCGUUCGUCCCCAGGAGUUUGAGAAAGUCAAAGUCUUCAUGUCCCGGGUGAUCGAGGGCUUGGACGUGGGUCCCAACUCCACCCGGGUGGGUGUCAUCAAUUAUGCCAGUGCUGUCAAGAAUGAAUUCUCCCUCAAAAGCCACCAAACCAAAGCUGGGCUCCUCCAAGCUGUCCGGAGGAUUGAGCCACUCUCCACUGGGACUAUGACAGGUCUGGCCAUCCAGUUUGCCAUCAGCAGGGCUUUUAGUGACUCUGAAGGGGCCAGGGUGAGGUCCCCCAAUUUUAAUAAGGUGGCCAUCGUUGUGACUGAUGGACGUCCCCAGGAUGGAGUGCAGGAUGUGUCAGCCAGGGCCAGGGCAGCUGGCAUUGAGAUCUUUGCCAUCGGGGUUGGCAGGGUGGACAUGCAGACCUUGAGGCAGAUUGCCAGCCAGCCCCUGGAUGAGCACGUGGACUACGUGGAGAGCUACAGUGUGAUAGAGAAGCUGACCCACAAGUUUCAAGAAGCUUUCUGUGUGGUGUCAGACCUGUGUGCCACUGGAGACCAUGACUGUGAGCAGCUCUGCAUCAGCAUCCCAGGAUCCUACAAGUGUGCCUGUAAAGAGGGUUUUGUGCUGAACAACGAUGGGAAGAGCUGCAGUGCUUGCAGUGGUGGGUCAGGAGCUGCUCUGGACCUCGUUUUCCUGAUCGAUGGCUCCAAGAGUGUGAGGCCUGAGAACUUUGAGCUGGUGAAGAAAUUCAUUAACCAAAUCGUGGACUCGCUGGAGGUGUCAGACAAACAAGCCCAGGUUGGCCUGGUUCAGUACUCCAGCUCUGUCAGACAGGAGUUUCCACUGGGGCAGUUCAAGACCAAGAAGGACAUCAAAGCAGCAGUGAAGAAAAUGAGCUACAUGGAGAAGGGGACAAUGACAGGCCAGGCUCUCAAGUACCUGGUUGACAGCUCCUUUGCCAGCAUCAAUGGAGCCAGGCCUGGGGUCCCCAAGGUGGGCAUUGUCUUUACUGAUGGAAGGUCACAAGAUUACAUCUCAGAUGCUGCUAAGAAAGCCAAAGAUUCAGGCUUCAGGAUGUUUGCAGUGGGAGUUGGCAAUGCAGUUGAGGAUGAGCUGAGGGAAAUUGCUUCCGAACCAGUAGCUGAGCACUACUUCUACACAGCUGACUUCAGAACCAUCAGCAAGAUCGGGAAGAAGUUGCAAAUGAAAAUCUGCAUUGAGGAAGAUCCAUGUGAAUGUAAAUCUAUUGUGAAGUUUCAGACAAAAGUAGAGGACCUCAUAAACUCCUUGCAGCGGAAAUUGGAAGCCGUGGCAAAAAGAAUUGAAGCCCUGGAGAACAAGAUCAUGUAAGAUCCCCAACCCAAGGUUAUUUCCCUCCUUCCUGAUGUAACAAAACCAGAACUC